AUGUCUGGCUUGUUAUCGAUCCCGGUGGAGACUGUCCAUCUUAUCGCAGCAUAUCUUCCCAUCGACGACCUGUGUGCACUCCGGCUGACGUGCCGAGAUAUGAACGCGGAGACUCUUGGAUGGUUUGCGCGCCGAUACUUCCACACACGUUAUGUCAUGCUGGAGAGGGAGAGCCUGAACACGCUCAUCCGCAUUUCGGAGCACCCACGUUUGGGACCGGAGGUGCGUACUCUAGGCUUCUGCACAGAGCGCCUCUUGGAGCCGGAUGACGGUCUCGAGGAAGAAAAUAGCUUCUGGGAAACUGUGGCCGGAGAUAUGGCCGGAGAUUCGGACUCCGAUGAGCCCGACGGUUGGCUCGAAUGGGAAAGGGACGCCGGUCUGUGGCCUGGAGAUGAUGGUUUCCUGGACCAAUCCGCUGCGGUCAUAAGUCGCCGGUAUUUCGAUGAUCAGGAGAGCUUCUUCUCAGGUCCGGAUGUCGCAGCCCUGACGCGAGCCAUGAGUGGGCUCUACAACUGCAAGACCCUUCUUCUGACAGACGCCCAUCCUCCGUGGGGCGCCGUGCGUAUGGAAAGGGAAGUGGGUGAGCUAGGAAGAGGCCUGGCGCACGACGCGAUUGGCGAUGAGUCGUUUGUAAAGCAUGUCAUAGAUGUCAUGCUUACGGCCGCCAGAGAAAGCCAGCUUCCUGUCGAGGAACUAUGCAUUGAACUUGGAAAGGAAAGCAAAAUCUCGGCCGGUGACCCCAUAAGCCUACAUCUGCUUGAUUCGCCGCCGGAGAGUAUAGCGAGGCAGCCAAAUUCGAAUCACCUUAUCGGCCUUACGACACUCAAGCUGAUUGCGAGCCCCGUUAUCGAGGAUGAGUCCGAAGAGGAUGAAGCGGUUCCCGGCUGGCCCCGGAACUUUUCCCGUUUCCUUGGGCUCUUUCCGCAGCUUUCGCACUUUUCCUUGGCUUUCAGCGGCGAUUUUGACUAUGGCAUCGCGUCAUCAUGCCUCCUUGACGUGUUAUCACUUCCCCGGCUGCGGAAACUGGAGCUCACCCGAAUUGAUACUGUCGAGGCGCAACUAACCGGCUUUCUUCUUCGCCACGAAUCAACAUUAGAGGAGAUCGUUCUUGAUAAGGUGAAAAUGACCGGGAGGAUUAGCUGGACGACGCUACUGGAGAAGAGCAAGCAGAUGCCGGGCGUUCAUAGCAUGACUCUGAAAGAUUGUUGGCUGUUUUCUUGCAGUCGGCCAGGGUAUAUGUAUGAUUAUGAACUGGAAACAGUCUGUAUGCGGAAUGAAAAGGACUUCGAGCAUGCAAUAGCAAUGGUAGAGGGGCUGGGCACGGUUUGGGACGUGGAAGAAUAG